CCAAACACUCGUCCACAAUCUUUGCUUUCAUCUCCAUCACUCACUCCCUUGUCACUCCAACACUCCUUAUUUCUGCUUUUGGCUUUUGGCUUCUCCCUCACGCACCCCCCACAAAUUCCCCAACUCCGUCGUCCCAUGUGCUUCUUCUUUCCACUGCAAUGAGAAAUGGGAUUUUUCCGGCGACUCUUCGGCCCCAAACGGCCCAAAAACAACCCGUCUCCGACGAACAAGCACACCACUAAGGAAAAGAGUCAAAAGACUACUACUUCUGGGUCUAACAAGCACAAGCCCGGCGCCUCCACGUCAUCACCUGCUGCUCAGGAAUGGGCGGGCCUGGACGCCAACGAGCAUGCCAUAGCCGUAGCAGCCGCUACGGCCGCAGUCGCUGAGGCUGCUCUCGCGGCGGCUCAUGCGGCGGCUGAGGUCGUCCGCCUCACUAAUGGCGCUCCACCAGGGACCUCCUCGCAAGUCAGCCUUCCCACGGCGGCGCCUUCAACCGUCCGCCGCCAUCUCGCCGCAGUGAAGAUACAGUCGACUUUCCGGCGAUAUCUGGCAAGAAGGGCCCUAAGAGCACUCAAAUCACUAGUGAAGCUUCAAGCUUUGGUGAGAGGCCACAUUGUGAGAAAGCAAUCGGCAGACAUGCUCAGGCGUAUGCAGACACUGGUUCGAGUCCAAGCCCGAGCGCGCGCAACUCGAUCGCUCAUGUCUGAAUCACUACAUUCUAGCAGCAAAUCCUUCCUAUCGUAUCACCCGCUGCCAGAAAGCCCUGACAAAAUUGGACACCAGCACCGCGUAUAUAGCAGCAAAUUUGACGGGCCCUCGAUACUGCAGAGAUGCGGUUCAAAUUCAAAGGUAGACAGAAGACGGCUGGCGUCAGGUUGGUUAGACCAGUGGAUGGAAGAAAGUGCACGCCGAGAUGGUUCACUGAGAUAUGAGCACUCAGAUGAUAUGAAGGUUGACAAAGUUCUUGAAGUAGAUACUUGGAAGCCUCACUUGGGGUCCCAACGUAGACCCCAGACCUUUCAAACAGCACAUCGCGUUCUGUCUUCAGAUCAUUACAACCCAAGCUUUAUGACAUAUGACUCUCCAUCAAAACGCUCGACAAAAGGAUCAAACUUCAAUCGAAAUCAAGCUCCUAUCGAUGUUGUUUCACUGCCAUCUCUGAAAUAUCCCUUGGCAACGGAUGAAGCAGCUUUUAGGACCACCGAGAACAGCCCACAAGCAUUUUCUGCCUCCUCUAGACCUGGAACCAGUGGUAGAAGAUGUCAUCCCUUCACGCCGGCAAGGAGUGAGUGCUCGUGGGGUUUCUUUAAUGGGUAUGCCGGUUGCCCUAACUACAUGGCUAACACGGAAUCAUUCCGCGCAAAGGUCAGGUCACAAAGUGCCCCUAGGCAAAGGCUUGAGUUUGAUAAAUAUGGUUUGACCAAGAAGUCUGUUCCGGAGUUUUGGGAUGCAGGAACUUAUUCAGAUACGAGUUUUGCUGAGGAUGGUGACCUCCGAAAUAGAGCCUUUUUCAGCCCUAGCCGCCUGAAUCGAGUCGGAAGCUCCAAUCCACGGUGAUGUUGCGUGUCUUCUUUUUCCAUAUAUGUAUUUCUGUAUGGUAGCGAUGUUUGUGAGUUUAAUUACUUGACCUUAGAUGUACAAACACUGUUCUUACCAUCAAACUCUGGCACUAUGGUUGUCAAAAUAUGAACAUAGCUUCCGAAACUGCGACUGUACCUUCACGGAUUCAAACUCCAUUACGAUGUAAUUUUGAUUGUGUGCUUGUAUACAUAUCAAACUUUUAAUCUAGUAUUGCUUGUAAGACCA